AAGCCUGGGGACCUAGAGGAGCUUGUGGAGUUAUUGGAGGAGGAGGAGGACGAAGCCAUGGGGAGCGGGGCCAGUGCCGAGGACAAGGAGAUGGCCAAGAGGUCCAAGGAGCUGGAGAAGAAGCUCCAGGAGGAUGCAGAUAAGGAGGCCAAGACGGUCAAGCUGCUGCUGCUUGGGGCUGGAGAGUCAGGGAAGAGCACCAUCGUGAAGCAGAUGAAGAUUAUCCACCAGGACGGUUACACGGAGGAGGAGUGCAUGGAGUUCAAGUCCAUUAUCUACGGGAACAUCCUGCAGUCCAUCCUGGCCAUCAUCCGCGCCAUGUCCACGCUGGGCAUCGACUACGCCGAGUCCUCCUGCGCGGAUGAAGGCCGGCUGCUCUUCAACCUGGCUGACUCCAUCGAGGAGGGCACGAUGCCCCCCGAGCUGGUGGCCUGCAUCAAGAAGCUGUGGAAGGACGGGGGGGUUCAGGCGUGCUUUGACCGCGCUGCCGAGUAUCAGCUCAACGACUCAGCCGCAUAUUACCUGAACCAGCUGGACAGGAUCACAGCCCCCAACUACCUCCCCAACGAGCAGGAUGUGUUGCGGUCCCGAGUGAAGACCACAGGGAUCAUCGAGACCAAGUUCUCUGUCAAAGACCUGAAUUUCAGGAUGUUCGACGUGGGAGGGCAGCGCUCAGAGAGGAAGAAGUGGAUCCACUGCUUCGAGGGCGUGACCUGCAUCAUCUUCUGUGGGGCCCUGAGCGCCUACGACAUGGUGCUGGUGGAGGACGAUGAAGUGAACCGGAUGCACGAAUCCCUGCACCUAUUCAACAGUAUAUGCAACCACAAGUUCUUCGCUGCCACCUCCAUCAUCCUCUUCCUCAACAAGAAGGACCUUUUUGAGGAAAAGAUCAAGAAAGUCCAUCUCAGCAUCUGCUUCCCAGAGUAUGAUGGUCCAAACACAUUUGAGGACGCAGGGAAUUACAUCAAGACCCAGUUCCUGGAUCUCAACAUGAGGAAGGACGUGAAGGAGAUCUACAGCCACAUGACCUGUGCCACAGACACACAGAAUGUCAAGUUCGUCUUCGACGCCGUCACAGACGUGAUCAUCAAAGAGAACCUCAAGGACUGCGGCCUCUUCUGAGCACCAGCAGAAGAAGAAAACAUUCCCAUCUCACCGUUCUGCUGAGCAGAGCCAAAGGAAGAACCAACCCUCACCACACAUCACUGCUCCC